GCUGCGGCCAGUGCGAUGUUCCGGAUGACCUGGGACCCGUGAGGUUGAUUGCUGCGGGCGACUUUCACACCUGCGCAGUGUCACAAACCGGCCUGCUACGAUGCUUCGGAAGCAAUUCCUCCGGCCAGUGCGAGCAUCCGAAGACAUUGACGGAGGUGAUUGCGGUGGCUGCUGGCGCAAAUUUUACUAUAGCCUUGUCACUGGACGGCAAGAUCUCCUGUUUUGGAGCCUCUGGGCACGGGCAGUGCGACUUGCCAGAACAGUUACAAGCGAUGGUGUUACAGGACCAGGAGAUUCAGGAGCUAGAGGAGCCCGAAGCAUUGAGUUCUCCAAGUUUGAGUCCGGUCGCCGCAGACGAUCCUGACCUUGCUGAUAUAGACCCGUUUCCUCCUCCGCCCGCAGAAGAAGAUGCCUUCUCGGCAGGGGCAGAGGCAGAUCCACAAUUGGGAAUGGCGUCGACUAUGGACAGCUUUGCUGAGAGUUUCACCACUAUGGAUACUUCAGCGAGCGAGCAUCAGGAAGCUGAGCCUCAGCAGAACCCAGAGGAACAGGCACAAGCCAGGAUACAGGCCUUACAUCUGCAGAUUGCUGACGCGUGGGAGCAGGCCACUGCAAUGGCGAAGCGAUUUGAAGAUAAUGUUCGAGGACUUGUGGCUGGCAGUUUCCACUGCUGUGUCAUCCUCGCAGAUGGUGGUUUGGUGUUCUUUGGUGAUGACAGUGCCAACCAGUGCACAGUACCAGACGGCCUUUCUCCUUUCAUGCAGCAGCUGAGUAGUGACGAGCUUCCCCUGGCCCUCCUCGACCUAGAUACAAGCAAGCCUGCAAUUUUGUUUCCUCCUGCACCCGAAUCAGCGGAGGAUACAGUGGCCGACGUGGCCAGCUCUUGA